UUGGCCGGCUGGUGGCGCCGGGGUGGGGUGGCAGUUUUCUGGUCGAAGCAGGCGGCCUCUACAAUAGUUGCGCCUCUGCUAUUUUGGUGCUCUAUUGGUUUUUAUUCUUCUUUUUUGGUCGUUCGUGGCCUCUGUAUCGUUGUGCCGCUCCGCCUUGGUGGAGUUGGGCGGUGCCCCGGGUACUCCCGGACUUGUCCGUGUGGCGGGGUCGGUCCCCCACCCCUGUAUUUUUUUUGGGGGGUGCCAGGCGCGCCAUCUGGUUUUUGCCGUCGUGAUUUGUGCUUUCAUGUACUGGUGGUGGUUGUGCUUUUGUUUGCGGCGCCGCGUGUCGCGCUCUGGCUGCGGGCCUCUGCCUCCCAUGGGUUGGGUUGGGGUGGUCGUCUUGGGUGGGGUAUUGGACUAAGAUGCCCUUGGGAAUGA